AUGAAACUCACUAGCUCACAAUCUCCAUCAACUGAGGAAGAAAUCAGUUUAAUGGAGAAAAUCCCUUACACUAGCAUAGUUGGAAGUAUUAUGUAUCUUAUGGUCUGUACCAGACCAGAUUUAUGCUAUAGUGUAAGCAGAGUGAGCAAGUUCAUGGGAAAACCUGGCCCAGAACAUUGGAAUGCUACAAAAUGGAUACUUAGGUAUCUCAGGGGUACUAUGGAUGUUGGUCUCAUCUAUGGUAAAGGCAGUGAGCAUACCAAUGUUGUUGGAUAUGUAGACUCAGAUUAUGCUGGUGACUUGGAUACAAGAAAGUCUCAAACAGGGUAUGCAUUUCAGCUAAAUCAAUGCACAAUUAGUUGGAAAUCUAAUCUCCAAUCAGUUGUAGCACUGUCCACUACUGAGGCUGAAUACAUAGCCUGCACAGAAGCUGUAAAAGAGGCUUUGUGGCUCAAGGGUAUCACUAGAGAAAUGGGAAUUGAUCAAAGGAGUAUACAGGUUAUGUGUGAUAGCCAAAGUGCUUUGCACUUAAGCAAAAACCAGGUAUUCCAAGAGAGGACCAAACACAUCGACAUAAGGUUACAUUUUAUCCGAGACAUUCUUGCUAGUGACAGGGUUAAGUUGAUCAAAGUGUCUACUGAUGAUAAUGCUGCAGAUAUGUUGACUAAAUCGUUGUCUGCAACUAAAUUCGACCACUGCUUGAAACUUUUAAACAUUGACAGCAAAAUGUGUACCUAA